AUGAUCUUCAUGGAUCCAGCUGGGGACACAUCUCCAGAAUUUAUUGAACUCGUCCUCGGAUACUCCCCCGGCACAGUUGCUCAGACGUUACGUGCGAUGCACUCAGUGCUUGAUGUCCGGGAUCGGGGCGAUGACAUCAGGGUUUACCACACAUCCUUCAUCGAUUUCUUCGUCAAUCAGGCACGGUCAAGGGAGUUCUUUAUCGACGAGUCGAUGCAGUGGAAGUCGAACUUUUUGGUCUGUCGGUGGACUAGGGCUCUGACUGAGCAGUGCAAAAAUGAUCCUGAGCUGCUAAGAGGUUACAAAUAUUUAUACCCUUCUUUACGGAAGUUUGUAAACCACUUCAAAAGCUGCCGCUAUCAAGUGGAUCAUAUGAGCAGUGCAUUGAUAUCGGAGCUGGAUGCUUUCUACCAUGUGGCGUUGUCCAUUUCCGCAGAGUUGGUGGGUCACGACAUGCUCCUUCACAUACUUGCUGCGAUUCUUCUACUUUCAUAUGACCUACGCUUUCCCUAUUUCAUCCGACUAUUACUUCAACUUCGCAGAGAAGCUUUAUAUCAGGCCUUGCAACCAAUGGACACAAUGAUCAAUGUUAACAACGGAACUAUUUUGAUUGGCAACAAAUAUUCCACCUUCCGGGACUUUCUCUUUGACCGAGAACGAUCAAAGAGAUAUUUCGUUGAAGAGGACUAUCAGAAGGACUUUCUUGCACAGCGCUUCCUCCGUCUUUUCCAGACAGAUGAUAGCCUGGCUCAAGCUGGGAGUGUGUCGGACGUGUCGGACAUUUUGGCCGGUCGUUGGGCUCGCAUCUGCACUGACGUCGACAACCCUACUGAGGGAUUGUUGUUUGAGCUUUACCAUAUGGAUUUAGGUGCUGUCCUCGCAAAGUCUCUCGACCGCGGUUUGUUUCACCUGUUCCACGACUUUGAAACCAUCUCAACCUGGCUAGAGUUUAGAACCAACGGCGCAACCCUGCCCGAUCUUAUUGAUCGUUUCAGAAACGUCCAAAAAGGAUUUCACAUUCGAAGCACGAGGCAAGAUGUUGAUUCAGGACGCCACCAUAACGUCGUCACCAUGAUCAUCCUUUCAAUCAUUGAUUGGUCCACAUCCAGUGGCUCACUGAUAAUGAGAGAUCUUGUGGACCACCAGUCCAAGAUAUUUCGUGCAUCGGUCAACGCCGAAUUGCGUUCAGCCAAAUUUUGCGGGUGCUCGGGGCCCGUAUUCAAUUCUAACUGCGUUUCAACUCCGAUUUCUGGUACAACAGACCUGUAUCACAUUAAUAUCCCAGCUGGUUGCGCUCAAAUCUUCAAAGAAUUUGCAUCUUGUUUGGAGACAUACAAAUCAGGAAAAUUCACCCACAACGAGUACCACAAUCUCACUGACCACCUACUGGUGGACCGUCCAAGUCUACUGACACGAUGUCUUCCACUACCUGAACUUCUUCCCCAUUUUCAGACCCUUUUGGAUAUUGCUAAGACAUUGGGACGAGGCAACCAGCCGAUGAUGAUAUGGGAAGACGGUUUCUCAGAUCAGCUGAAGGAGUCGCGAGGCAAGCUGCUAUCAUGGCUUGAGGACUUCCCUGCCGAUUGUGCCAAUGAACUUGAAACCAUCAGGAACAAUCUCCUGUCCCUACUGAUCCCCCCCCCACCCCCGUUGUCAUUUGCCUCUAAAUAG